GCGGUGAAUAUGACCAUAUGCGUAAGCAUUCUCAAAUGAAAUCGCUUCAUCACUACAGACAUCGACUUCGUGAACUCGUGAAAACACCUGUUCCUCCCAGCCGCCGAUAUACAGGUGUUACCGACCCGGGGUAGUGCGCGCUGAGGCGGACGCGAGUCUGUCCAUAGGUUUAUUCUCUCACAUUUAACAAUGUCAGACAACGUGGUUACUUUGCCGUUUUUUAGGAGGCUCAGUUAUGCAGCAGGACACUUCCUAAAUGACCUCUGCGCCUCAAUGUGGUUUACCUACUUACUGGUUUAUUACCAUUCAGUACUCGGUUUCCGAGACACGACCGCCGGAUUCCUGCUGCUGGUGGGUCAGAUUGCAGAUGGUAUCUCCACGCCCCUGGUUGGAUACGAGUCCGAUCGGACUCGAGGAUACGCAUCAUACGGAAAGAGAAAGACGUGGCAUUUAAUUGGGACCGUGUGCGUAGUACUGUCUUUCCCCUUCAUCUUCAGCCCAUGCGUGGGCUGUGGUGAGAACACACUACUAUGGGUGAAGCUCCUCUACUUCAGCCCUUUCAUCAUCAUCUUCCAGUUUGGCUGGGCCGCCACACAGAUCUCCCACUUGUCGCUCAUCCCAGAGCUGGUCACCUGCAAGCACGCUAAGGUGGAGCUCACGGCAUACAGGUAUGCUUUCACAGUGGUAGCUAACAUCACAGUCUACGUGGUGGCCUGGUUACUGUUCCACUUCCAACAUGCUGCCGACCCAACCGUAGCUGACCACCUAAGCACACUGGACAGUUCAAUAUUCAGAGUCCUGGCUUUGAUCGUGCUGGGCAUCGGUGCUGUUUUCUCACUCUUCUUCCACCUGGGCACGCGGGAGAUGCCGGUGGCUCCCCCCAUAGGUGAGAGCGGGGAGCAUCUCCCCCUCCUCCACGGAGCCUCCCUGCAGACCAGACCCGCACUGCAGUGGAAGCACUGGUUUACCGAACCGGCCUUCUACCAGGUGGCGACUCUCUACAUGUGUACCAGACUGAUUGUUAACCUCUCUCAGACAUACAUCUCUAUGUAUCUGGUGAAUUCUUUGUUACUACCUAAGAACUACAUUGCCACUAUUCCCCUGGUGUUGUAUGUCAGUGGCUUGGUGUCCUCUCUGGCCAUGAAGCCAGCCAGCCAGCACAUUGGGCCUACUUUGACAUAUUUUGUAGGCCUCAUGCCCAUCCUGGCAUUUUCCUGCUGGAUGGUCCUGGACUGGAAGAUGGGCCCUCGGAUAUACGGAGCGGCUGUGCUGCUCGGCGCUGGCUCUGCCAUCAUUUUGGUCAUGUCACUGUCUAUGACUGCCAAUCUCAUCGGGGAUCAGAUGCAAAGUGGAGCAUUUGUUUACGGAGCGAUGAGCUUUACAGACAAGUUGGCCAAUGGCCUUGCAGUUAUGAUAAUCCAAGCCAUUUACCCCUGCAGCACUGUGGAAUGCUGCCCUGAUUGCGUGUGGUUCUACCACAAUGUCAUGGUAACAGUAACCGGGGGUGUGGCUCUGGUUGCAGGUUGUUGCCUCUGGACAAUUUUCAUUUGGCCAAUCAGGAUUCGUCGACAUUGAGAGUUUGUAUUACUGACAGGUGUUCCUAAUGGACAGUGUGUUUCUUAGACCAGGUCUGAAGCUGGCUGGGGUAAGACGUCACAAUGUUAACAGUGUGCCUUGGAACAAAGACCACAACAACAACUCCGAUGACGACACGAAGAAGAACUGUGAGGAUGUGAAGCUUUUUGUGGGUACAAGAGGACUGUCUUAUCCAAGAUCCACGUGCCCAUUACACUGAAGUAGUGGUUGUUCUUAGUUAUUCUUUGUUCUUCAUUCUGUGCUAUUUGGGUUUUUAUUGGCAAUGUCAGCUUUUCUUUCAUUUGGCAAAGUUAAAGGAAUGAAAUUGAAUGUGAAUUGGAAAAAAAACCUACAAGUGUACAUGAAAUGAGAAGGAGGAUUUCCAGGGAUGGUUAUAUCUUUAAUGUUGUCCUAUAAAGUGUGUGUUUGUCUGUACCAAUGAGUGCUAAUGAAGGGUCAGCUAUUGUCAAUGCAACAUAAUUUGUUAUGAUCCUAGAUUAGUGUACAUUUACAGUAUUUGGCAGACACCCUUAUCCAAAGUGACUUGCAUAUUUAUCUGUAUGACCGUACGUGUGCUAACAGGUGAGAUCCAGGUGCACAUAAACCUGUUACAUGUAUUACAUCCCCCAGCAGCGACAUCACUAUCAAGGCAUCAGGGAGGUUUUUGUUUAGAUGAUCGUGAUUUAUUUUUUUAUUUUUAUUUUUUGUGAGAUCCAUAAGUACUUAUUUAGGUUAAUCCAAAUCUCCCUUUUCACAUAUGGAACAAUAGCAUUUGUAAGAUUAAUCUAAUUAUUUUAAAACUCGCCCACUCCAUCAUUCUUGGAGUCCUAAGGGUAUAGUACUAACAAUCAAGAAAUCACGUCCUGUUUUAACAGCAUGCAGAAAUGUCUGGACGUUGUGUUUAGUGUUGAAGCCGUAAAACAGCUUGCAUAGAAGAUUCUGUCAGUGUAAACUGAACUGAAUUAUUUCAGGACGAGCAAAUAAAUUGCUUCUGUUCAUACACUUCUAUUUAGGGUACGCACAGGUAUUUGUACUGAUAUCCGUAGCUAUUAGUCCUUACUACUAAGGCACGGAGGAUAUGCUUAUUACACUCUAAUGUCAAAUAAGAUUUCGUUGGAAUUUUUUAUUUGUUCAGCAAUUUGAUUUAAAGGAGCAGGCACUGAUGUGAAAGUGACCUGACAACGGAGUAUUACACAUUCUCUAUUAAUCUGCUACGGGAAGAAUUUGUGCGUUAACAUUUUGCAGUUUUUCAGUUACGUUUUUUUACACGUAUAUAGCUAGUGUAUGAGCUACACUUUUGAAUUCUUCUAGAAGUGUUUGCGGAAUCAUAAUAUCCUCAGUUAUCCACUAGGUGGCGACAAUUCGUCUGACGAAGGAGUUAUUUCGACUUUCUUCAUUUUACAUUUAAUUUAAGAAUAAAAUAUCUCUUCUGUUAGACAUUACAGCCAAUGAUACAAGCUAUGAAUAUAUGACUUACAUACGCAGAGUGAACAUUUGAAACACCACUGUGAUAAGAUUUCUCCUAUUUCACCUUGUUAUUACCAUUAACGUUUGUCUAAUUGUUAUUCUGUAAAUUAUUAAAAUUACGUAAACUGAAGAUGAAAUCCA